AUUUGAAAUAAGUCAUCGCGUGCAGACGUAUUUGGAUAUUUAAUGACAAAUUCUAGGAAAAGGCACAUUCUUCAUUUUACACACAGACUCCAUCUCCAAUGAACGAGCGUAACAAAUACUAGUAAAGGUGCAUGACAUACUCAGACUAUGACCCAUGCAGCAAUUCCUCCCAUGCCCCUGGCUCAUGACUCCCCACCGCAGCAGACUCUGGAUGUCUUAUCACAACGUCUUCAAGCUGCAGAGGAGGAUGCUAAGGGGCUAGUCUCUGUUCUGAGAGAAAUGGGAAUGAAUCCGAAUCCAAACAGAGACCACAGAGGGGAGAGGGUGUCACCUUAUACCCCGAGGAUGGCAGAUCCUGAUAUAUUGCAUAGAAAUUAUGAAACACUCGUAAGCAGGGUUUGUAAGUUAGAGAGCAUCAUUCAGUCAUUGAGGUUGAACAUCUGCACCCUGCAGGCAGAGGUUGAUUUAAGGAAGAAGGAGACCAUUGUCACAGAGGAGAAGCUAGCUCAGUUAAAUGAAGUGAAUGAACGGGAAUUGAAAAAAAUUAACAGGGACUUGGGGAGAUGUCGCAAGGAACUGAAAGAGGACAAGGAGGCCAGACUGCAGGCAGAGGAAGAAGUGAGGAGGUUGCAGGAGGCACUGGAGGUAGCUACCAGCACAAGGGCUGACACAGCUAAUAAAGUGGAAGAUCUCAAGUCCACAAAACAGAAGCUCUCCAGGCAGCUGGCUGGACUGAGAGAAGAACUUGCAAGGGAGCAGAAUCUCCGCUCCAGUCUGGAGGAAUCCCACAAUACACUGCUCAGCAGGAUACACCAGUUAGAGGAAGUGGUAGAAGCUGAGAGGGGCGAGGUGAAAACCCUGUCCACAGACUGCUCAGUACUGAGACAGGAUGGAGCCAGGGCGCGUCAACGUGCACAGGAGGACCACCAAGCCAGGAUACAGCUGGAGGAGCAGCUUAAACUAUACAGCAUUGAAUUAGAAAGUAAAAAAGCUAAAAUUCAGGCACUUGAAAAUGAGAAAGGGCUGAUGGUUGGAGAGAUGGAGAAGAUUAAGAUUGGCUACGCAGACCUGAACAAACAACUGGAGGGCAUGCAGCAGCUAUUUGAUGACCACAGGGAUACCCACAUACAGCUAGAACAAGAGAACAGUCAGCUGCACAAAGCUUUAAGUUCAGCUUCAGAGGAAGCAGCCAACCUCAGGGAGCAGUUUGAACAGCAAAUACAGACAGAGAGAGAAGAGUGGGAAGAAAAGUUUAAAGACCAGUCAGAAGUGGUAUUUGUUAAAGAAGAACUCCGGAAGGAGAGGAAAGAAAAGGAGGAGUUGGAGGGAAGAAAUGAGCAGCUUCGAAAUCAGAACAAAGAUCUGAAAAUUGAGCUGGACCAGCAGGCUCAGAUAGCAGAAGAAGAAAUGAAGAAGCUUCAAGCAAAAAUGGAGAGCCUACAGCAGACAUUAGACAGCUUGGAAAAUGAAAAAGAUGGUGUGUUAAAAGAUAAGGAAAAUUUGUUGGAAGAGGUCAACCAGGCAGUAGAUGGGAUGGCUGAGGAGAGGACCAGACUGCAGGCAGAACUACAGCAAGCUCACCUAGAAAUCAAGACACUAACACAGGCCAGCCAUCAGCUGGAACAAGAGAACACCAGGCUGAUGGAGAGAAUGGGGGCAGUGGAACAACAACAGCAAGCCCAGCACCAAGUGGACCAUGUUAUUGCAGAGAUGACGGAGCAGAAGAACAAGCUGGCCUACGAGAAGGGAAAGCUGCAGUCCAAACUGGAGCAGCUGCAGAGAGACAUGGAGAGCUUGUCUGGCUCCAAGGCUGAGCUGGCGCAGCUCAGGAAGAUUAACCAGGCUCUGGAGGGAAAAUAUACCAAGGCACAGAAUGACCUGGGCAAUUGCAAAAUCAGCCUCCAGAGACUAGAGAGUCAGCUGAAGCAGGUGUCUGCUGUGGGCCAGAGGAAGGAGGAGGAUUUUGCCCUCGCCAUUCAGGCCAGGGAUGAGGCCAUGAAGGAGACACAGAGACUGGCGGCACAUAUACAGGCACUGGAGGAAAGGGAGAGACAGAAGGGCUACAGCUACCAGCAGAGCCUCUCUGAUGCCAAGGAAGACAACAAGAAGAUUGCAGCAACCCUGGAGAGUGUGGUGGCCUCCCACUCUCAGUUACAGAGGGCCAUGGAGCACCUGCAGACAGAACUCGGCAAGAAAGAUACACAAAUUGUGCAACUUCGGAAAGAAAGGUCCCAGGUCCAGCAGGCCACGCAUGGGAUGCAGAAAGAGGUGGAGACACUUCAAGCCAGGCUUAUUGCCAUGGAAACACUUGAGUCCAAUGAGAUUGGUCCACUGAGAGAGGCCCUGGAGAAGUGUAAGAAUGAUAAUAUCAAGAUGGCAAACUCCUUGGAUGGCUUACUCUCAUCAAAUGGAAAGCUUCAGUCUACCGUGGAGAGGUUGCAGAAUGAGGUGGAGAAAAAGAAUUAUCUGAUGGAACAAUUGAAGGAAGCCAGGGGUCAGGAGUUGGAAGAGAGAAAACAGGAGGUGCAGAGUUAUGAAGAACGCCUGGAUAACAUGAGACAACAGUUGAGACAGGAGAGGGACAAAGCUGUGAAGAAAACCAACAAAGAUAUAACAGAGGUAAGGAAGCAAAACGAGGAGCUAGUCAGCAAGAACGGUGAGCUGUCGCGCGCUAACCACGAGCUGAGGCACCGAGCGACGGAACUGGAGCACCAGGUGAAGGAACAGAAGGAGAAGAUCUCCAGGCACCGCAGCCAGAUAGAGCACCUGCAUAAACUGAGACAGGAACAGGAGGAGACCAUCAGCAAACUCAGGGUUAUAGCAGAUGAAGUAAAAGAACUAGAAAGGAUGAGAGAUGAAUAUGCGAAGAAAAAUGAAGAACAGGUCAAUGUAGUCCAGAGCUUCAUGUCUCAGAUAGCCUCACUUCAGGCGGAGAUCCGGGGUCUCUCUGAGGCUCAGCUGGAGACCAGCCAGGUGCUGGAGGACCAGGAGUACAAGCUCCAGUCAGAGAGAAAGCAGAGAGAAGAACUACAUAGGAAAUACAGGGUGAGUACAAGCUCCAGUCAGAGAGAAAGCAGAGAGAAGAACUACAUAGGAAAUACAGGGUGAG